UUUUGAAGUGAGCGAGGAAAAAUGGCGACCAUCGUGAUGAAAUUGAACGGCAUUAUUUACACAACAGUAAUGCGUUUACCGUACAGUCCGGCAAACAAAAUUAGAGUAUCUGCGUUAUUAGUUUUAAUACUCGCCUUUGCGAGUAUUAGUUCUGGAGAAAACACAUAUGAAGAUAAUACUUCUGAAUUUCUCAAGCGAGAGUAUUCGCUGAGUAAGCCAUACCAAGGACUGGGCUCCUCCAGCUCCUCACACUGGGAGUUCAUGGGCAACACCAUGAUCAUGCCUGAACACAUACGGCUGACACCAGACCUGCAGAGCAGACAAGGAGCUGUAUGGAGUCGUAUUCCCUGUUACAUCAGGGACUGGGAGCUGCGAGUACAAUUUAAGAUCCAUGGUGAGGGCAAGAAGAACCUGAAUGGAGACGGCCUUGCAAUAUGGCUGACCAAAGAGCGAAUGCAAAAUGGUCAAGUAUUUGGAAACACAAACUUUUUUACAGGUCUGAGUGUUUUUGUAGACACUUAUCCCAAUGAUGACAAGCAGCAUGAGAGAACAUUUCCUUUUAUCUCUGCAAUGGUCGGAAAUGGGAGUGUUGCAUAUGAUCACGACCGUGACGGACGGUUUACUGAUCUCGGUGGCUGCGCUGCUCACGUUCGCAAUGUUGAAUAUGACACAUUCCUCUUGAUCAGAUACAUGAAGAACAGACUCACAGUGAUGAUGGAUAUCGAGGGGAAGCAAGAGUGGAAGGACUGUCUGGAUAUACCUGGAGUGAGGCUGCCACAAGGUUACUAUUUCGGCAUCUCAUCGGCUACUGGAGAUUUAUCAGAUAACCAUGACCUGAUCUCCUUCAAGCUGUAUGAGCUUACAGUGGAGCGCAGUCCUGAAGAGGACCAGCAGGAGAUCACGUUGCCUAGUGUAGACUACCGAGUGGACCCGAAUGUUCACGUGGAGGAUGAAGGAAGGAGCUUCAUCACCACCUUAUUUCUCUUCAUUGUUUCCGUCGUUGUGCUGGUUGUAGUGGUUGUGGUUGUUCUCUUUCUAUAUAAUCACUAUAAAGAGAACCGCCGCAAACGCUUCUACUGAGCAAAUGGAAAAACAAGUGACAGGAAGGAAAUGGGACGAGAGAUCCAACGUGAGUGUUACUGGCAUUUUUGCAAAGGGCCGCUUCUGGUCCUCACCUCUGCCACCAACAGAAAGGGCCUGAAAGCCAGCACUGAACUAAAAGCCAUACCUGACCUCCAAGUGGAAACUUGACCACCUCAAUCGUGAUUAUGAUCUCAAAAAACUGUUUAAGAAUAUUUGAAAGAGUGUGCAUCUGUUUUUGAAGGUCUCUAGAGACUUUUGUGUGAGCGUUUGCUGUAUUUUUAUACCAGUUACAUUGACCUUGGUUUUUCACCCAGAGGAGGCACAGAGAACUAUGUGUAACAGCAUUUACAGAGGCACAAUAGUUUAGCAAACUAUUGUAUUCUCAGGUUGUCUACUCUGUAAUGCCACUGCAGAAAUCCCAAAAGCCCUUGUGUUCUUCUUUCAGUUGGACAGAAAUUAAUCAAAAUAAAAUAUAUCACCUUGACUUUGACCUCCAUCUGUCACCAUCAUCUCAUCAGCUGUCAGCAGUCAUCUUUUAACUUAUGUAAAAUUGAGUAAAUUAGAUUUUCAUCAUUAUGUAAGUAAUGCUGGCCGGCUGUACUAUUAUAAACAGACAGUAACAACCAUCAAAGUGAAUGUGAGGAAUAUGUUUUUCCCAAAUGUCUGUUUUGUUAUAAAUGUGAUAUUGUUUUAUGUAUCAAAAGCUGCACUGAACUGCUUGUCCAUAUGUAGCUUAUCUAAAGUUACUUUUGGUUUGUCAUGAUUUAAUUACUUCAGCUAUCAACUCAUGUUAAACCUUUGUAUUUCAUGCCUUAUUUGAAUACUCGGUUUAAUAAUCUUGAUUUGCUGAUAAAUAUAGUAAUGAUGACGACAUGUCUAUUCCUGUAUCUUAAUAUCUUCCGUAAAGAGGCAGAGAUUUGACAGUUCCUGAGUUUUUUCAAUAAUUGCACUAUUGCAAAGAUAUGCAAGAGGUUUUGCUUUUGUCCAAGUUCCAGUCUUUCCUAUCACUUCUAUUGACUGCUCUCUACAGUUGUGCAACAUUUGUCUCGUUUCAUACUGGGAGAGAUUGAAUUGCUGUUGUCAUCAGCUCAUUGAGCAAGCUGCUGUGUCAAACUGAUGUUUUCAUGGUUGUCACCAACAUGUUGAAAAUUCUAAAUUAAACAUUCAAAGUUUGUCUUAUAA